AUGGAGAGUAAAAACACUAAAGGAAAUGCUAUUGUGUAUGACGAGACAAAAAAUGCAUAUAAUAAACAACAACAACAACAACAACGUUUAGCAGAUAAUAACAGAUAUCAUCAAAUCACGACGUCUACAACCAUAUUACUUGGUGCAUUACUAGGAACCACAACUGUCUUGAGUUCUAUAUGGAUUACAGACACACCUAUGACUAGUAUAGCGCUUGGGAGUGCAGCAUCUCUAGUUAUGUCAUGGCAAUUUUUUCAAAAGAUGACCUACAAGUAUUGGUGGGAUUUUCUAUCCUUCCCUUCCUCGUCAUCGUCGUCAACAUCAUCAUCAUCAUCAUCGAUUGUCGAAGCUCUAUUAAGACAGAUAAGUAAACACCGAGGUGAAGAACUGAUCAGAUCAGAAUCUAUCAAGAACUUGAAAGAAUAUUUUACGAAUAAAGAAAGGAAGAAGGUCCUAGAGGGAUUUGGCUUAUAUCAUCAGCCAAAUGAGCUUAUAUGGGAACAAGUACAUAAAAUGGAUAUCACACGAUUACAGGACGAUCAACAUCAAAUUCGUAUUCAUUUUUCCUUGGAGGAUCCAAUUUCAAAUGACGGUUGUGAAGUAAUAACAAAGGCUCUUGUAAAUAACCAAGGAAAGAUUAAAAUCGAGAAUAUCAAACUACUUAGUUCUCCUCCAGGAUGGCGUAAAAAUGAAACCGUUCUAAUCUCAUAAGCCCUAGUAUUUAUUAUACCUUCUUUGUCAUUUAAUAUAUAAGUAAAGUAAACCUGCAGUAAGUAGUCUUAUAAAAUAAAGAAGAAACUAUAUAUAAAAACUCCUUGUCUUCAAUCUUUGGUUGUCUUGUAAUAGCAAUCAUUGUUUUGUAGAAGCCCAUUUUAUUUAUCUUUCCUUAAGUUAACAACUUUGGAAUACUAUACAACAAAAGGAAUC